AUGCGUGAGGUGUCUCCUUUGGGAUCGUUGGGAUCGCAAGGGGGACAGGAGGAGACAGCUGAGAAUGCAGCAGCAGCAACAACAACAGCAGCAGCAGCAGCAGCAGCAGAAGCAGCAGCAGCAACAACACCCCUCAGCCCUGACUCUCUCAUUUCUUCCGUUCGUCUCUUUGAUGCCUCCUUAAAGGAGACAAAAAAAGGAGACAGAAAGAGACAGAGAGAAACAGAAACACAAACAGAAACAGAAACAGAGACAGAAACAGAAACAGAAACGGAGACAGAAACAGAGACAGAGACAGAAACGGAGACAGAUGAAAUACAUCUGGUGUUUGUCCCCUACACAGCUGCAGUGACACCCGAGCAGCCCCGCUUCGGCUACUUCGUUCGGCUGUCUAGGCAACCGCGGGUCCCUGUCUCUUUAUCUAUAACACCGCAGCUGCAGCGGGGCCCACCAGCAGCAGCAGCAGCAGCAGCAGCAGCAGCAGCAGGAGCACCAGCAGCAGCAGGGGGGCAAGAAGAGCUGCUGCUGUUUGUGAGGGGACAGCAAAAGGAGACAGCAAAAGGAGACAGUUUUGUGAUCGCCCCACACCAGUGGCAGCAGUUUGUUGCAGUAGAUAUAGAGCUACCUCUUGCUGCUGCUGCUGCUGCUGCUGCUGCUGCUGCUGCUGCAGGACGUCCCCCCUUCGAGCUGCAUAUAACACACCACCUGUCUCCUUUCACGCCUCCUGCUGAUUCUCCUACUUCUGCUGCUGCUGCUGCUGCUGUUGCUGCUGCUGCUGCUGCUGCUGCUGCUGAGCCUUCGGCUUCUCCCCCGUCUCCGCCUACGGUGUCUGUACACUGCCGCGUGCAUACAUACAUGGACGACGCAGCAGCAGCAGAGGAUGACAUAUGGGGCCCCCAGGGGGGGGCCCCCCGGGGGGCCCCCAAGCGCAUGCCGAGGCCCCUGUCUGUGCGGUGCCGCCUCGCAUGCAGCAAAGAGGUCGAGGGAGAAGUGAGGGUGAGGGUGCGGGGGGGCCGGGCCCUGCGGCUGGUGUCUCCGUCUCCGGGGACAGAGUUGCUGCUUCCGGGGACAGAGUUGCUGCUGCGUUCCUCUUGCGGGGAUCGUCUCCCGCACCCGCAGCAGCAGCAGCAGCAGCAGCAGCAGCAGCAGGAGCAGCAGCAGCAGGAGAAAGAGGGAGAAAAGGAGACAGAAGGAGACAGUGAAGAAGAAGUUGUUGCUCUUGUAAGACCCGAAGCAACGGGGUGUACAGACACCGCAUGCACUCUGCGCUUUCAUUUGGGGCCCCGGGACGAGCGCUCCGGGGGAGACAUUCGCAUGCAGCCAGCAGCUGGGUCUCCUGCAGCAGCAACAGCAGCAGGAGAACUAGCAGCAAGAGAAGCAGCAUUUGACUCUCCCCCUCUCUCUAUAGAGUUAGUGCGCCCGUGGGCCCUCAUGCCGGCCAAUGGGGCCCCCAUAGAACUCCUCAUCACCGGGGGGGCCCCCGGAGAAGCAGAGGAGACAGUGCGCCGCUGCUUCACAGCUCGCUGCAGCAGAACAGACAAGUACCCAGUCAAAGCCACCAUACACUGCGGAGACACUCACCACCCCCAGGGGGCCCCCCCCCAGGGGGGCCCCCAGCAGGGGGCCCCCAGCAGGGGGGCCCCCCGGGCUGGGUAUAGGGGUGAGGGUACCGUGGUGGAGGUGUUUGUUCGGUUGGUGCCGGCAGUAUCGGCUCAGUGUGUAAUCCUAACAGAAGACGAAGAGGAGAUAGGGAGAGUAUUGUUGACGGUUCAGGUGUAUGUCUGCCUUGCCCUGGUGGGUAUUCUUGUGAUUCGGGUGUACAGACAGCCUGCGAGCGUUAUUAUUUUUAUUCUUUACCUGGGGACUUGCGGUGUCGCCCGUGUCCCCCUGGGGCUGAGUGUCUAG